CAGUAAAUGGUUGGAAGAGGUGAUCAUGUCUUAGGUAAGUAAAUGCUGGCAGUGGAGAGUGAAGUCUAUUGCCACUGUGAAGUCCCUCCCACAAGCCAUGAACAAGGAAGCAAAAAUUACAGAGAUAAAGUUGCUGUCACCAAUAUCAGAUGACAUCCAAAGAAAAGAAGACCUAGUAAUAGUCAAGUAUUAAUCAAAUCAAACUAUGGAUGGAAACAAAAAAACUUCAACGGGUGUUUAUUCAGUACAAGAUUCUAAUGAAGCAAGCUGUAGCAAUGUCAGCCUAGAUACUGACGCGCAGGUUUUAGAGAGUUUACGUCAGGGGCAAAAAUUAUCUUGCAACUGUACGGACAGCCAUCCUCUCUUCAGUCAUAAUCGAAAAAAUGCACAAUUUCCAUGCCCAGCCAAAAGAAGUAUGCUCAGACUCAUCUAUAAUUUGAUAGUUCUAAGCCUAAUAACUCCAUUCUGCUUAGCGAAAAAACUCAUCUGCUUUAUAUCAAGCGGGACCUAUACUCAGAAAAUUGUUGUUUGGAUGACCCUAUUCUUGUUGCUUUUUGGUGCUACUUACCGGGGACUGCUUGAUGGAAACUGGCUGUCUGGAGAUGAGUGGAAAGCCUGCUCUAUUUGUGAUCUCAUCCAGGGUGGAACCAAAGACCUCAGAUCCUUAAAGAAAGCUAAUUAUAUUUUACAAUCAAAGGCACUUCAAAUACAAUUUCUGAAGGAGCAGAAGCAAAAGCUGCAAAUACAACUUCAAGAUCUAAAACUGACUAUGAACAAUAUUGCCUAUAACACAGUUGGCCAAAUAUUAGAAGGAUAUGCAAGCAAAGGCAUUACAAGAUCAAGUAUUGAAAAAAUUCUUAAAAAAUUAGAACAAAAGUUGGAUGAAGAUAUUGUUCAGAUGCCAGAUUAUGCACUCCAAUCUACAGGUGCCAGUAUUGUUCACUCCAGAACCACUAGAAGCUACCACUAUCCUGAUGGAAAAUAUUCCUGGAUGUCAUUCAUUAUAUUCCCUUUUGUAAAAUCACCAGACGUAAUUCUUCAGCCCAGUUACCACCUUGGAAAUUGCUGGUCUUUUCCUGGAAGUCAAGCUGAAACUGUUCUCAGACUAGCUAAGGAAAUUAUUCCAACAGCUGUUACAAUACAACAUAUAUCUAAGAAAAUCUCCCCUACAGAUGAGAUCUCUAGUGCUCCCAAAGAUUUUGCUAUUUAUGGGCUAAAAGCAGAAGAAGAGGAAGAAGGAACUUUCUUGGGUCAGUUUACAUAUGACAUGGAAGGAUUCUUAAUUCAAACAUUCCAGUUGAAAAAUGAAUCUUCUGAAUUGAUGAGAUAUAUAAAGCUGAAAGUGAUAAACAACUGGGGCCAUCCUAAGUAUACUUGCAUUUAUCGGCUUAGAGUGCAUGGAAAUCCAAGUGCAUCUAAGAAUUGUGUAGAUGAUCGUGCUAAUAAAGGAUGAAGUGAUAGCAGCCCAAUGACAAAUUAUUGUAGUUUUGCCAAGCUUCUCAUUCCAAACUAAAAUGAAGAAAUGCAUUCUAGGAAGCUGAUCUAUUCUUUUUAGUACAUUAUAGUAUACACUGUAUAGCAUAUUAUGUAUGGUAUUUUGUAAUAGUAUUUCUGUUUCUAUUUCUAUUAUGAAAUACAGGUAGUCCUUGAGUUAGGAUCACAAUUGAGCCUAAAUUUUCCAAGAUAUAAGCAAGAUAUUUGUUAAGUGAAUUUUGCCAGCCUUUACGACCUUUCUUGCCACAGCUGUUAAGUGAACCACUGCAGUUAAAGUAGUAACACGGUUGUUAAGUGCAUAUGGCUUUCCCAUUGACUUUGCUUGUUAGAAGCUCGCAAAAGGUGACCCAACUCACUUGAACCAUCAUAAAUAUGAGCCAGUUGCAAAAUAUCCAAAUUUUAAUCGUGUGACCAUGGGGAUGGCUGCAAUGAUCGUAUGAAAAAUCGUCAUGUCAUUUUUUUCAGUGCCUUGUAAGUUCAGAUAGUCACUACAUGAAUAGUUGUAAAUCGAGGAUUACUUGUAGCAUAGAUUA